AUGAGCAGCACCAUCCGCCGAAUCGCCAAGCCGAACCCAGGAGGCCAAAACCAGGCCAACCCCGCCCAGGCCCAGCCCCCGGUCAACACCAGCAUGGCCAACCCGGCCUCGCUGCCUGACUUCCAACUCGGCGAGGUCCUCGGAAGGGGCGCCUUCGGAUGCGUCUUCCGAGCCCUGAACUGGUUCACCGGCGAAACGGUGGCCGUUGGGCUCAGUAAUAUUCCUCGCUCGGAGCUGCCCGAGAUCAUGUCCGAAAUCGACCUGUUGAAGAAUCUGGAUCAUCCAAACAUUGUCCAAUACCGUGGAUUCGUCAAAACAUCAGACUAUCUGUACAUCAUAUUGGAAUACUGUGAAAACGGGUCGCUGCACACGAUCUGCAAAAAGUUUGGAAAAUUCCCAGAAUCACUCGUGGCUGUCUACAUCUGUCAGGUGCUCGAAGGCCUGCUUUAUCUGCACGAACAGGGUGUGAUCCACCGGGACAUCAAAGGCUCCAACAUCCUCGCCACCAAGGAAGGAGGGGUCAAGCUUGCCGACUUCGGCGUGGCCACCCGCACCGGUGGCCUAUCCGACAACGCCGUCGUCGGCUCGCCCUACUGGAUGGCCCCCGAAGUCGUCGACCAAUCCGGCGCCACGACGGCCUCCGACAUCUGGUCGGUGGGCUGCGUGGUGAUUGAGCUUCUCGAAGGUAAACCGCCCUACUAUUUCUUGGACCCCAUGCCGGCCUUGUUCAGGAUCGUGAAUGACGACUGUCCUCCUUUGCCUGAAUCCGCCUCACCCAUCGCAAGAGAUUUCCUCCUUCAAUGCUUCCAGAAAGACCAAAAUCUCAGGAUCAGUGCUAAGAAAUUACUCAAACAUCCCUGGAUGCUCUCCGCCAAGAAACGUCUCGAACAGAAGGAACGCGAGCAGGCACUCGCCCAGGGGCGUAGGACUCCCGCCGGGCAACACUACAACCAAAACGGGCGCGGAACUUCAUCUCGUGAGAAUCCAUCCCCGGACACCAACAACAACACAUCCAAGACGGGCUACGACGAGACCGUCCAACGUGUCCAAGACUGGAAUAAAGCAUUAGAAAGUCCCUCGGCGAUCCACCCCAAGCCCCCGUACGAGCCUGUCCAUUCACCCCUUCAAGGCCUUGCCCAUCUCACCGCGACCUCUCCGAACCACAUCCCCUCCGUCAUCCAUCACCGUCCGAAUAAUAAUGAAGAUCUACGUCCGAAGACUGUCAACCGGACGCUCUUCACCAACGUGGGCUCGAUCGGGCCCUCCAAAGUCGGUCCGGCGGCGUUAAGCCAGUACCAAGACGAGGCGAUGUCGCUGAAAAACUCGACGAUCCGUGGGCUGGCGGGGGUCACUCAUGUGAGUCGGCCCGCGGCCGGCUCUGCGCUCCCGCUGUCCUCCAGUGCACUCCCCCUGGCGGUCAUCAGCACCACCCCGCCCGCCCGCAAACUGGCGGAGAUGGGCAUCGAGAGCCCGCAGGGAGACAACUGGGACGACGACUUCGAGGGCGGGAUCUCGACGUCGAAGAUCGCGGCCUUGGAUGAGGCCCAUGCUAAUAGCGGCUCGUCUGAGAGCGAAGAGGACGACGACGAGGACGACAGUGACGAGUCCUCGCAGACCCGCCGGAUGACGACCAGGGAGGAUAACUCCGCGACUAUCAAGCCUGGCGGGCCUGGGAUCAAGUCCUCCUCUACCAGUCUCUCGAAAUCGCUCCCUCAAACUUCCCCUGCACUCGGCCCCAUCGUCGAGGAUUAUUCGGACCUGGUGGCCGACGAUCAGCGCGACCCUUUCGAGGGCAAAGUCGCCAGCCUCAAGGUCCAUUCCCCGCCUCUUGUCCCAUCCGAACCGACUGGAACUGACCAUCCAUUCCUCAUACAGGUACUCAACCAACACCAGAAGAUCCUGCACCCGAAGGACAUCAGUCUGCCUGCUUCAGUGACGGGAGUUGAUGUGGUGCCUGGCCUGAAGACGCGCCUCUCGAGCAUCGCUGCAGCCCGGUCGGAUUCGUCGUCGUCGAGCUCGCAACGCGCAGAGUCCCCCGCGCCCUCCUUCACUCGCUCUCAAGGCGCGUCUUCCUCCGGAAUGGCCCGAGCCCAGUCCACCGACGCCACUCUCAACCGGUUCUCCGAACAGGCAGGCGAGGACUACGAGGACCUCUUCGGCAAGCCCCAGCCACACCAGACCGACGACCGUCCAUUCCCAUCCUCAGAGACGUUGAAGCUGCAAACCCGACUGUCCAACAUGUCCAGCAAAUCCUGGUUGGGAGACGAGGACAGUGACGAGGUGGACCCGUUCGCAGAGGUCGACGAGGACAAUCUUACGGAAGAAGCCACCUUGGAGGCCAACAUUGCCCGCGAUAGGUUGGCUAGACUGUCGACUUUGGUCACCGAGAUCGUCGACCAAAUGACGCCGGACAUCGACGAGAUCUCGCUCAAGGACGGAUGCAUGCAACUGAUUGGGCUGUUCGAAGACACUCCCGAGAUCCGCACUCAUUUCGUCCGCUCUCAUGGCAUGCUCGCCGUCAUCGAACUCUUGCAACAGUUCCAGAGAUCACGGGACCUCGUUAGCCUGUUGCUGCGCACUAUCAACCUGAUCAUCAACGACGAUCCGGAGUCCUUGGAAAAGAUCUGCUAUAACGGCGGAUGUCCGGUGGUGAUGGGCUUUGCGUCGAAUAAAUACGCGCGCGAGAUCCGACUGGAGGCGGCGUUGUUCAUAGGCUCCAUGUGUCAGACGUCGCUACUCACUUUGCAGAUGUUUAUCAGCUGUAGAGGUCUGAAAGUGUUAGUGGAAAUGAUGGACGAGAAUUACGAUGAGCAGAAGGACCUGGUAUGGAUGGCGGUGGACGGGAUCUGUCGGGUGUUUGAACUACAGGGACCGACGCCGCGAAACGAUUUUUGCCGGAUGUUUGCGCACGAGGGGUUGCUCGAACCCCUCUCGGAAGCCCUCCUUCAUGUCUCUCAUGACGACGACGACCUCGCUGAAAACGCCAAAGGCCGGAUCGUUCAUAUCUUCCUCCUAUUCUCUCAGGCCGACAUGAAAGUCAAAGAAAUCAUGCUCACACGUGCAAUCAUCCUACGUCUGAUUCGCUCCCUAUCUAUCUUGGAGAACGAGCUUUUGGCGACGAUGCUCAAAACGCUGAAGAACUUGACAAUGCUUCCGGUCGGCUUGCAAGUCCUGCAGAACGCGAAUGCGAUCGAGACUCUGACGAAGGUGUUGAAGGAGCAGAUCGAGCGCGAUCCGGACACGCCGUUGACGACAGAAAUCGCGAACCAUGUGGUGAAUGCGUUGUACAAUUUAUGUCGACUGAGCAAGCCUCGUCAAGAAGAAGCGGCGCUUGCAGGCGCGAUCCCAAUCCUCCAACGCGUCGUCAAGAGCAGCUCGCCCCUCAAACAGUUCGCCCUACCCAUCCUGUGCGACUUUGCACACACGAGCAAGACCUGUCGGAAGUUGCUGUGGCAGAAGGAUGGCUUCGCGUUCUACCUCGGCUUGUUGAGGGAUCCGUUCUGGGGCAUCACCGCGCUGGAAUCCAUCUUGGCUUGGCUUUCGGACGAAACUGCCCGUGUCGAAGACGCGUUGACUGAGCCGUCUUCUAUCGAGGCGCUUCUGCGGAUGUUCACCAAAGCCAAGGCCACGACGUUCGAGAACCUGCUCGAUCCCCUCUUAAAACUGUUCCGGAUCUCGCCCGCGGUUGGGACGUCAUUAAUCAGCCAACCGGCGUUUGCACGCCGAUUAGUAGACCGAUUACUGGGCCACAAUAAGGCGGUGGUCCGAUUGAACUUGCUACGACUGACGAAAGCGGUAUUCGAGACGGCGGAGGAAAAGACGACGGUUGUUCGGAUGAGUGGACUGGCGGCGGCGAUCACGAAGAUGGCCGAUUCGGAGUCGGCGAUCCUUGUGCGUGAGCUUGCCAAGGAACUGAACCGGGAGUUCUGCACGCUCGAGAAGAGCCCGUCGAGUGUCGCCAAGGGGGGCAAGAAGCCCGGCCGGCCGGCCCACCUUCCCGCCGGUGCCCUUCCCCGCUCGUCCGCUUCCACGUCUCUCGGCCUGCCGCCUAACGACGACUAUCUCAGUCUGCCUCACCAUACCAGAAAACCCGGGCCCAUCAGCGAGCCAUCUGGGACCCGCCUGUCCACCGCGCGCUCGUUGUCCAGAGACACCCUCAACCAAAUGGCCCGCUCCUCCUCAUCCUCCUCCUCGGCCUCCUCCCCUGCAGACCAACAGCCGCCCACCGCCGGCCUCGCUGCGAGCUUCUCUUCGAAUUCCGGCUUGCACGCUGUUGGCGCAGCCUCUCAGAAUGCCCACAACAACGGGCCGAGGCCCUCCCCCGCCGAGCGCGGGCUCGUCUCGAGGCCGUCGUUCUUGCUUAACUCGCGUCGCUCGUCAAACACCCCGCCCCCUCCACACCAUCCCUCGUGA